AUUCUAGGCUGCGGUUUCGUAUUCACCGAUUCGGUUAAAUGUGUCGUAUAUUUAAUAUUUAUAGCACUGAUGGGGAAAUCUGGCCGGGGUUACUUGAGGGCCUUGUGUUUUGCAUUUGUUAUUGCAGGUCCCAUUGAAAAUCUUUCGUUAAAUGCCGGAGAAAUAGUUCGCGUCUAUAGCUGUUCAAAAAUAUUAACCUUAAAUCUGACACGAACACGUUUUGAUUUAAUGACAAAACCCUUUCAAAACACCCUGGCCCAUAUGAAAGAUGAUAUACGAGAGGUACAAAAAACAUUUGCGGAAUUUCGAAAUGUCACAAAAGCCAUACACGAAGAGAUUAUGGGAGAUGAUCCUCCCUUAACGGUAAAUGAUACUUUGGAAGCAAAUAACACCAUAAGAUCUAGACGAGAUUUAAAAGAUCCCGAUAAGGAGGAAAUCUCUCCCGAAUACAUUGAAGAAAAAUAUAAAAAUAAAUUUCGCAAACGUUGCCAAUUGCAAUUGGAUAGCGGCAAGGCAAGGUGUCGCAAAGCAUUUGCAAAUUCGUUGGAAAAAUGUCGCGAGAAAAUACCAAUCUUUUUACGAACCCUUAUUUGUUGGCCAUUUAAAAUUAAUUUUAUUUGUAAAAUUAAUAUUUUGGGUGAUCCGCAGAGAAUAUGCGAUCCAUCGGCGGCUAUUCCCGCGGAUUUUGGUCAAACUUAUUUUAAUUUAGUUCACAAUGAAAGUAAACUUUAUAAAGAGAAUUCAGAUGUUAAGGUCCAUUAUGCUAUAGCGAGCCCGGAAUCGAUGCCGGAAUUUCAAUCAGCUAAACAAACCGCCAAAGCGGUUGCCAAAGAAUUCAGUAUGCGGAAAAAAGUAUUUGAUUCUGUUAUGAAGCUAUUGGAACAAAUCCUGGCUUUUAUGCUAUUUAGGGUGUUGAUGGCAUGCAUUUCAUAUCACAAGAACUACAAAAAUAAUAUCGAAUAUGAUAAUAUCUAUAUAACGGAAUAUUUUAAACGAAUCGAUUAUGAGAGGAAACAAAAAUCGAAAAUGUAUUUGCUGCCAUUGAAAAAGUAUGAAAAAACAAAGUUAAUAGAUGUCACCGAUAUCUGGCAACGUACCUUAGAGGAAUCGCGGGCAGUUACCUAUCACUUAAUUCAAUUUGCUUUGGAAAUUAUUGCCGCCAUGUUCUUUCUAUUUUUGGACUAUAUAAUUGUAACGGUAUUAUUGGUAAUAAGGAAAAAUUCUCAAAUCACAUUCGUUCAGGAGGGCGAACAUACCAUACAUUUUGCGAUCCAUGGUUCCGGAUUGAUUGCCAGGCUUUUAAGAACAACAAUGCGUAACUUUAAUAUGCAUGAAAGGGUUUCCACGUAUAUGACCAAUGAACCAUGUUUGCCGAAUCCCAAUCUGUUGGGAAGAAGUUUCUAUUUAAAACUCCUGAGCCUCUACGUCCUUGUCAUAUUCCUAAUCUAUCAAAGUGCAACCUUUCUGCGUAUGCGUCGCCUGAUAUGCGGUUAUUUUUAUCGUACGCGGGAAAAGAAACGUAUACUUUAUUUAUAUAAUCUUCUGCUGAGGCAGCGGCGAUCUGUCAAGGAGGCAAUGUUGAGACAGGCUAAACUGAAUUUUGCUAAUCGAAAAGUUCGCUUAAAGGCGAAUGUUUUAUUGAAAUUACGUUUGCGUUGGCCUCAACAUUUUGAUUGGCUAAGACGCUUCCCAGCUGGUCGUCGGAAAUGUGUGAUUUGUGAGGGACUUGAGGGUAUGUAUGACGUUGUUAUUAAAACCGGUUAA